UGUGUGUGUGUGUGUGUGUAAGAGAGAGACUCGAUGCGCGUCUAGAAAAGGAUUUAAUAAGCUAAUCCCCCGUCAGGCACCAAUUAAUUUAUCAGAGAGCAAAACAGUUAAAGGGAGAAAGGAGAUAGAGGAGUCAGAGGGGGCUGUGGCGGGCUCAGGAGAGCUGACACUCUCACUCUCUCUCUCUCUCUCUGUGCGUAUGUGUGCGGAGAGGUGAUAUCAGUACGCACGUUACGCGAAGCGCAGUUUUGGUGAUGCGUUCAGUCGGGAGAUGUGCAGCGGGAAGCGGUGAGCGUCAACCCGGACAUUCAGCGGCGUAAUUAGCGCAGUAGCAGCAGGAGAAGGGGAUCCGGCCGGUUUUGGGGGGCACCAUCUCUGCGCAUCACAGGAUUUCGACUGAGUGUGUGUUUUAUUUAAUUUGAUGAAUGCUCAUUCAUUGGCACAGAGUGAAAGUCAAAGAUGCGCACCGCUGAACAAAGGAUUUAGUGGUAAACGAUCAAGAAUCUCAUCCACAUUUUAUUCCUGACAGCCAUUUGGACUUGUCAAGACGCGGCAUUCAUGCCCAUUCUGCCUCUGAGGACAACGGACACGGGCUGAAUAACCGGGUUCCUCUAGUUUCCAACGUGGAGGAAUCAUCUGGGCUGAUCGCGCACAAGUCCAUGUGGAUGGAGAGAGAAUACGCAAGCACAGCGAGCGGAGCUCACUCCGAAAUGUGACAUUUUUAUUCCGUCGCCCAUCGUAGCCUACCUGACAGCUGUGCUUCUGCCUUCGUCCUCGAUCAGAUUUGUUUACAUCGAUUAAGAGAUGGCGUUCCUCCCGGUUCUGUUCCUGCUGCUGCUGACUGUUGCUCAUCGUGCCGCUGGUCAAGACCCCAAGGACCCAGAAGCUCUCCCAAGAGGCUGCGGCUGGGGCCUUGUGCGUCCCUACACCCUCCUUUGUGACCUGGACUCCAUAUGGGGUGUGGCUGUCGAGUCUGUGGCUGCUGGUGGGGCGCUGACUGCCGUCUUGCUAGCCCUAGUCCUGCUAUGCCGUUUGCACCACAUCGGUGAGGCUGAGAAGCGCAGUGCUGUGGGACCCAUCCUCCUGCUGCUCCUUGGCAUCCUUGGCUUGUUCGGCCUGAGCUUUGCUUACUUGAUCGAGCAGGAUGAGUCUUUAUGUCUGCUCCGCAGGGCCCUGUGGGGUCUCCUGUUUGCCGUCUGCUUCUCAUGCUUGCUGGUGCAGGGUGUCCGACUGCAUAGGCUUGGUCGUGAGCGACGGAGCCCUGGCAGCUGCGCCCUAACAGGCCUUGCGUUGGGUUUGAGUGCUGUGCAGGGUAUCAUUGCCGCGGAGUGGCUACUUCUGACCGUGCUGAAGGAGGGACAAGCUGCCUGUCUGUACCUGCCAGUGGACUUCUCACUAGCCUGCAGCUACGUGCUAGCCCUCCUACUAGCCGCACUCACUGCUGCCUCCCUAGCGCUGUGUGGAAAGACACGUCAAUGGCGCUGCAAUGCCAUCUGGCUGCUCGUGACAUGCCUGCUGUCGCUGCUGCUGUCGGUGACCUGGGUGGGCUUCUAUCUGUAUGGCAACGCCUGGCUGGGGAGGUACCCAGACUGGAAUGACCCGGCACUGGCCAUUGCUUUAGUGGCUCAGGGCUGGCUGCUGCUGAUAUUCCAUGCCAUUCCUGAGUCCCACAUCUGCCUGAGACCUCCUCCACAGCCCACUGCCCCAGAUUACUUUGACACCUCCCAGAACUCGACACGGAUGAGGGAGACCAGCUUCGAUGAAGACAUCCCUCUCUCUCACAGGCAGUUUGUGGAGAACCAGGGCUACGGAUACAGUGACGAGAACGCCGCAGGUUUGAGGAGUGGUAGCAGUGCCGCGCAACACAACAGUAAUACCGCCGCCAGGCCCAGUGCUCCUUUCCGCAGCAACGUCUAUCAGCCCACUGAGAUGACCAUGAUCCUGAACGGGGGAGCGGUGAGUACAUCCGCCCAGUCACAGGUGCCCUCUGCCCCUCCAACCUACACAGGGAGGCAGCUGUGGUGAGUGAGAGGAUUGGAAAGAAGAUGUGUGGUAAAAAAAAACAAAUGGGGAGAAGAAGAGGAUGUAGAGGGUGAGGAGGGACGGGGUCCAGGACGAGAAGCCCGCCUGGUUGUAUUGGACUUAAAACAUGGAUGCCAAAAAGGCCCUUUCACUCUGUGUACAGACUUAAACACUGACUGUGUGCCAAUCAACUAUUGUAUGAGUGCAUGUGUGAGAGUGCGAGAAAGUAGGGUAUGGAGGACAGAGCUAAAGCUCUUCUAGCACACAAAUCUCUAUAGAAGGGUUGAGAAACUCAUAAUGUGCCCAGCAAGUAGCAAAACAAAACACACACUGACUCGGAUCUAAAAACAUCAACAUGCAGUAUUCUUUUCUUAUUGUUUGAUUUGCUCCCCUGAGACUGCAGCACUGUAAGCAUCCUUGAAAACUGUGAAAUAUAUCGCUUUUCCCUGCUCUCUCGCUCAUUCCUGUCAGUCAGGAUGUCUUUUUUUCUGCUGCUCCUCACAAUGCUGGCGCUCAAGUGGAAACAUUUGGCUCUGUCCUCCAUCCAUCCAAAGCGUAGGUGAAGACAGAGUACAUGGGCAACUGUACAGUGCGAGCACAUCCCUCUUAAAAAGAACCCAGCCUCUGUGGGUGUGUAUGUAGAGUAUGUAAGAGGAAAACGUUUGUGUGUAUUCCCGGCACCACAACUCUACCACUCCAAUCAACCAUGCCUCUCCAGACUGUUACCCCUCUCCUUCCUCCUUGUCUCUCUCUGUUGCCGGUUAGCAUUUCUCUGCGCCGUCUGUGAACAUAACACAUAACUCUUCUCACCUUGCCUCAUCCUCUCACCUGCAUGGACACUUUGCAAAAUGUGAAACAAACUGUGAAGCCUUGCGGUUGGAAAAGAAGUUUCCCCUUUGACCGCGCACACAACAAGAGCAGCCUGGAGCACCAGAACAGAGGGAUCACAAGCUGCUAAUGAACUGCUGUUAGAUAUAUGCGCGGCAUAGAGUGGAUUCUGAUUGGACAAGGAGGGUGUCAGUCAUCAGUGGGGAGGCACCACUUCAUGUAUCUAGGUCACACUCCUGUGUGCUGCUCUCCCACAUCUCCAGUGGCCACUGGCGGUUUGAACCAGCCAGGAGAAAUUGUCACUUUAUAUCAGCAGGAAACAGAGCAAGAAAAUGAAAUGGUUCUCCUGUUCUUAGUUCAUCAGUGUUUGUGUGUGCGUACAUGAGUGUUGUGAUUUCAUGAGCGUCAUGAGUUGACGGGGUGAAAUUAAAAGUCAGGGUUGCUUUCUGGUGCUAAAUAUUCCUCCGCAUGACUUCCCAGUGAGGCACCGAACUUACAGGAACAACACUGAUGCAGAUACAGUAGUCAAACUGUGAGUGACAGACUAUAUAUAGAGCCGUGGCUGGUGUGUUGAGAUAUCCUAGAGCCUUAGAAAGAUCAGAUUAACUGUGCAAGGUAGAAAGAGGGAGUUCAAAUGGAUGGAAAGAGCGAGGAGGAAGGAGAUAGCGGGAGGAGGUGCGAGGGGUGUCUAUGCGACAGUGAAAUCUCUGCAACUUCCUUCAGUCAGUCAGAUCUGUGUGAGAAAAUGGCUCCCCUGGUCUGUCUGUCCCUCUGUGUGUGUUUUUGUGUGUGAUGUGGGGGCGGCCCAUGCUGCUCUGUUCUAUGUGGUUGUCUUCUUCAUCUUGUAAAGCGUCUCUCCCUCCUCCUCCUGAGUCUCCUCCUCCUGUCUCUCUGUGGUCGGCUAUAGCUCAAGUCCCCGUGCCAAGAAGGACUCUUGUUUCAUCAGAGUCUCUGUUUCACGCCGUCUCCCUUCAUCAUGACACCAGCUCUCUCUUCACCCGAGAUGCUGUGUACAUAGUAGUGCUAUAAAGCUUUGCUUGCUUGUUUACUUUUUUUAUUGUUUUUUUUUUUUUUUUAACUGUAGGCUGAGUUUAGACACCAGUGUCAUAUGACUGACUACUGCAAACUGUUUUUAUCUGGGGGGGGUUUGCUUUGUGUUUAUACAUUUGCUUGUUGUUACAUAUGCUUUUAUUUUUCUCUUGCUGGUGUCUUUUUUUAACUAGCAUUAUUUUCGAACUGUUUUGCCAACACUAGAUUUGCUUUUAUUUUUUUGUUUGAUUAAUGUUCAAGGAAAUGAUAUGAGUCGUCAUUUAUAGGAAUUUCCUUUGGUAAAUCUGCGCAGUAUUCUCAGUCCAGACAGAGGUCCACUCAUUACUAUAACAGUUAUGGGGAUACAGACAUACUUUUUUUUCAGAAAAAACAACAAUGGCUGUGAAUAACUUUUGGCACUUCAUGCUGUAAACAAUGACAUAUUCUGUGAUACUUUAGGGAUAAUAAAAAAACACAGCAGGGAGGGUUUAAAAACUAAUUUCAAGCCCACCAAGAGUCACUAAACAGUCACUAAACCUGGUCUCUAAACAACCCUCGAAUAUAAAUAGACUAUGGGUCAACUCUUGACUGCUGCUGUAUGUUUAUGUCGUACCCACUGGCUAUUCUAAAAUACAACAGGUACCGGCAGGCCAGCUCCAUGCCCAAAGAGAGCAUGACCCGCUAUGUCAGGCUCUGUUUGGGCCAACCCUGGUCAGAGACAGGCUACGAGCCCCAGAUCCGUGGGUCGUAGCCCAUGAAGAAGAACUGCCCACAGGGUUUUGGGUGGUCAGCAGUAACAAGACAAACACCAGUCUCAAUUCUCAGAGCAGAAGGGGGAGGGGUUUCAGUUCUUGUGAUGAAUUCACUCAAUGUGGAUUUUUUUAAAAAAAAGAACAUGUGACUUUGUAGAUUUUGCACUUGUCGACUACCUAUCUGUGCAUGCUUAUCACCAUUUCUACAUGUAAGACCUUUCUCAGACGUACUUUUGAAUACUAACUCUAUUUAUGUAAGGGUCAUGUGACAGCAAUCAUAAUUUCAUUGUAUAUCAGAGGACACACUUAAUGUCUGUGCUUUCUUAAACACAAAAGAGAUCUGGCUUUUGAGAAGCAAAGAGAUUAAAGUCAGGGGAAAGUGGUCCAAAAUAGUAUGAUUCCCCAAAAAGGAACAAAAUGCCAUCAUCACUGGACCUAAUAAUAACUUCCUCUGUUAGUUUGAAGACUCAAGGGUAAAAAAAAAGAGAAUCUUCUGACUGAUAUCGUCUGUGUUUGAAAUCAAAUAGACUGUGGUGAAAUUUGCACAAAACUUCUAUAUGUUAAGUUUGUCAUCCCUGGGCAGCCCACUGAACACCCAUCCUUCCCUGGGUUUGACAAGUCCUUGCCUGUCCUCUCCUGAUUUGUCUUGCCUUCAGACUGUUCCAACAGGGCAGCUGACAGGGGUGAUAUUGGUUUUCACAGCUGUGACUGUGCAGUGACGCAGCAUGCCUAUGUAUAGAACUUUAUUCCCCUGAUUAGAAAAAGAAAAAAAAACAGUUAACUCUCUUGUUUCUGUAACUGAAUCAGGAAAAAAAAAAGUUCAAUAAAAGUGUCAUGUUUGUAGUUAA